CUAAAACAUAAUACAGUGCAACCAAACCAAACCAAACCAACCACCCACAGAUAACAGUACAUACAAGCCAGCGUCGUCAGGCAGGCCGGGUCAAUAUCAAUAGGGCAGGUAGGUACAGGGGGAGCAAGCGGAGAUUGGUCGGGGUCACAGGCCAGAUUCAGCAGGUAGCAAGCAGCGUGGUACAGAGGGUCAGGCAGAGGGAUGGUCAGGAGCGAGCCGGGAUCAGAGCAGGAGAAGUCAGCAGCGGUUCAGAAACAGGAUGCAGGACAGACAAACAGGAUACAGGGCCCAGGACAAACACAACACCAAGGCAGAGUCUGUGGGUCUGGCCAU